UCCACAUCCGGGUGAAGCGGUGUUUUCAAUCCGGAUAGUGGUAGGCUAAUGCUUAGUGUCGAGAAGGAGAAAGCUGCGUUUACAUCGUAUAUUACAGCCGCUUCGCUCGCCGAAAAUGGCAUCUCAGAUGCCCAUCACCGUCAGAGCUCAGCCGGCAGCAGCCAGCCCUGCACAGCCAGCUGUCCGGGGGAAGAAACGUCCCGGUAGUCCGGCGGUGUGUGCCGCUCCGCAGGCGACCGGGAGCAGCAACAGCGGCAAGAAGAAGAAAGGACAGCUGACAGUGACACCAACAACACAGACACAGAUAACAGCCGUGGAGUCUGUGGCUGAGGUGAAGGCAGUGGGAACAGCUGACAGCGGUCCAACUGCCACCGCCGAGUCCACGGCAAAACCUCCACCGUUCAAAGACCCUACAUUUAUGCAUUCUGGGAUCGGUGGAGCAGCAGCAGGUAAAAAGAACCGGACCUGGAAGAAUCUCAAACAGAUUCUGGCUUUGGAGCGGACUUUACCCUGGAAGCUGAAUGAUCCCAACUACUACAACAUCGACGCCCCUCCCUCCUUGAAGCCAACCAAGAAAUACUCUGACAUCUCUGGACUCCCUGCAAACUACACAGACCCUCAGACAAAGCUACGCUUCACAUCCUCUGAGGAGUUCUCCUACAUCCGCCUCCUCCCCACUGAUGUAGUUACCGGCUACCUGGCCCUUCGAAAGGCAACUUGCAUCGUACCGUGACAGCUGAGCAAGGCUUAAAACCUGAAACAGUUUCAAACCAGAAUUGAACUCACCUCUGUGUUGGAAGCUUUUGGGCCAGCCUGGGGACUCGGAGCACAGGAUGCUCGCAGAGAGGCAUCAAAGGAAAGGACUGGAGCUCACAGCCUAAACAUUUGCACUGCUGUCUUUAAGAAGACAAUCCGAGUCAUAAUUGUUACUGUAUGACAAAAUGAAUGAAACAAAUGUAAAAUCCUUGUUUUUUUUCCGGAUGGACGAUAUAUCAGAAAGAAUUACUUUAAAGGUCCAGCAGUGAAGUUGCAGAUUGACACCAAAUGAAUACUCUCCCACGUCUUACCCUUUCCUCACAAGCUUAGGAAAAACGCUUGAAGCUAAAUUUACAUUAAAAAAGCAAAAUGCCAUAUCUAGACCAGUGUUUGGUUUGUCUGUUCUGGGCUUCUGUACAGAAAAGGCAAAUUGCAGACUCCAUGGAUGAGGACCCGCUCUCACUGUAGAUAUAAAGGGCUCAUUUUAAGACAAUGAAAACAUCACACUUAAUAUUUUCAGGUUAUUAUAGAAUAUUGUAUUCCAUUCCUACCAAUAAAUACUCCUAAAUCUUACACACUGGACCUUUUAAAAAGUCAGCAAUAAGAUACUAUUUGCUUAUAUGUUAAAAUCCACUUCCCACAUGGGAUAAGUUUGGGAGCUCUUUUGUUGCAUUACUGCUACAGUAGGAUGUCCCAUUGUAGUAGGACAUCUGUUUCCAGCGGUGUCAUGUUGGGGUAGAGAAAAGUUAAAAAGCUGUGGAAGAAGUUUGUCCAUUUCAGAUUGACUGUCAGUUACUUUUAUUAUAUGGAUCUCAUUAAAGCUAACUUUAAUUUUG